UCACUGCAACUUGACCAUGAUCAGUGUAACCUGGAGCUUCAUCCUUAUUUGGACAAAGAUAGUGCUGUUGCUGAAAAUGGCACCUCAUUUUGCCAGUGCCAAACUAUGCCCUUCUGCGUGUCGCUGUGAUGCAGGAUUCAUUUACUGCAAUGAUCGUGACUUGACUUCUAUUCCAACUGGGAUUCCAGGGGAUGCUACAACUCUUUACCUUCAGAACAAUCAAAUUAAUAAUGCUGGAAUUCCUUCCGAGUUAAAAACCUUAAUAAAAGUAGAGAGAAUUUAUUUAUAUCACAACAGCUUGGAUGAAUUCCCUAUCAACCUUCCAAAAUAUGUGAAAGAAUUGCAUUUGCAAGAAAAUAACAUAAGGACAAUUACUUAUGAUUCACUGUCACAAAUUCCUUAUCUAGAAGAAUUGCAUUUGGAUGAUAAUUCUGUUUCUGCUGUUAGUAUUGAAGAUGGAGCCUUCCGGGAUAAUAUUUAUCUCAGACUACUUUUUCUCUCUCGAAAUCACCUUAGCACCAUUCCCUGGGGCUUGCCUAAAACAAUAGAAGAGCUGCGCUUGGAUGAUAAUCGUAUUUCCACAAUUUCAGAGCUGUCCCUUCAAGAUCUUACAAAUUUAAAACGUUUAGUUUUAGAUGGAAAUCUCUUAAACAAUCAUGGAUUAGGAGAGAAGGUCUUCACAAAUCUAGUCAAUUUAACUGAACUCUCACUAGUUCGUAAUUCUCUUACAGCAGCUCCAAUAAAUUUGCCAGGCACAAAUCUGAGAAAGCUUUAUCUACAAGAAAACCAUAUCAAUCGUGUACCACCUAAUGCUUUUGCAUAUCUACGUCAAUUAUAUCGAUUGGAUAUGUCAAAUAACAAUCUCAGUAAUUUACCUCAGGGUGUCUUUGAUGACCUAGACAAUAUAACCCAGUUGUUUCUUCGAAACAAUCCAUGGCGCUGUGGGUGCAAGAUGAAAUGGGUUCGUGAUUGGCUACAGACCCUGCCUCUCAAAGUUAAUGUACGUGGACUGAUGUGUCAAGCACCAGAAAAAGUGCGGGGCAUGGCAAUCAAAGAUCUCAACAAAGAGCUAUUUGAUUGCAAAGAUGAAGAUAUUGUAAGCACUAUCCAAAUUACUGCUUCAAUACCAAACACUUUAUAUCCUGUGCAAGGACACUGGCCCAUUUCUGUGACCAAAUCUCCUGAAAUAAAGACUGUUAAUCCACAUAAAAAUUACAGAACAGCUUCCCCAGCACAGGAAAUCAUUACCAUUGUUGUAAAAUCUGUAAGCACGGAGACUAUUCACAUUUCUUGGAAAGUUGCACUACCCAUGACUGCUCUGAGACUUAGCUGGCUCAAAAUGGGUCACAGCCCAGCCUUUGGAUCUAUAACUGAAACCAUUGUUACAGGGGACCGAAAUGAUUACCUGCUCACUGCACUUGAGCCAGAUUCCCCAUACCGUGUAUGCAUGGUUCCCAUGGAAACCAGUAACAUCUAUCUGUAUGAUGAAACUCCUGUCUGUAUAGAGACUGAAACUGCUCCUCUUAGAAUGUACAAUCCUACAACAACCCUAAACCAUGAACAAGAGAAAGAACCAUUCAAAAACUCUAACUUGCCCUUAGCUGCCAUCAUAGGAGGGGCAGUGGCUCUGGUAGCUAUAGCAUUGCUUGCUUUAGUAUGUUGGUAUGUCCACAGGAAUGGUUCCUUGUUCUCAAGAAAUUGUACCUAUAGCAAAGGACGGCGAAGAAAAGAUGACUAUGCUGAGGCUGGAACUAAGAAGGACAAUUCCAUCCUAGAAAUCAGGGAGACUUCUUUUCAGAUGAUCUCUCUGAAUAAUGAGCAAGUGUCUAAAGAGGAGUUUGUAAUACAUACCAUAUUUCCACCUAAUGGGAUGAAUCUGUAUAAAAACAACCACAGUGAAAACAGUAGUAACAGAAGCUACAGAGACAGUGGUAUACCUGAUUCAGAUCACUCACAUUCAUGAUAGUAAGAAAUUUGGAAGACUUGGGGUAGUUACUUUUUCUCACAAAGGAAGGCAACUGUACUGGUUGCUGGAGUACUACAGAACACUGGAUUAAAAGACUGUAUAAGCAAUGUAUUGUACAUUUGCCAUAUAAUUUAUAUUUAAGAACUUUUUAUUAAAAGUUUCAAAUUUCAGGUGACUGCUGCGAUUAAUGUAGCAAGGAUGCCUGAAAACAAUUC